UUUUUUUUUUGAAAUUCAGUUUUGAAAUUCAGUUCAAGGUAGAGAGAAAAUGCUCUAGUAAUUUUGUGACACUGCAUUUUCUCUUAAAUCUAAAUGUUUUUGUAAUUUUGUUUAAUGCUAAAAUUAGAUAAAAUUAUAACAUUCUACACCAUAUUUCAUUGCAAUGUUCUUCCUAGAAAAAACAUUAUUUCAUUUUAAUAGACAUACCCAGGCAUAUUAUAUUAUCUUAUUAUUAUUGCAUUGGUAAUUCAAGGCCACAUUCUGUUCUCUUAAAUGGAGUUUUCAAGCUCACGCUUGGAGAAUGAGGACGAAGUUGAAUAUCUGUGUACACAUAUUCCAAAUGACAACGAUUCAAUCGACGAAGAUGGACCUGAAUUUGAGUUGGAUGAUAAGGAGGAUAAUGAGCCACAAUACAAGAUGAUAGAUUUGAAUGAUAAAGUUGAAGAACCUAAAGAAUUAAUGAUGUUUGAUUCGUUGGAAGAAGUGGAAGAAUAUUAUAGGAAGUAUGGUCAGCAAGUUGGUUUUGGUGUGGUAAAAAGAACUGGAAAAAAGGGGAAAGAUGGAAGUCGUAGGUACAUAACCCUUGCAUGUAUUCGCCAAGGCAAACCAAAUAAAGGCAAAGAUGAUUGUACAAAGGCAGUUCCAAAAAUAAUUAGAAAGCAGUGUAAAGCCAGGAUUUGUGCGACAUUGAGUGCUGAUGGAAAGUGGUUUUUGAGUAAUGUUGUGGUGGAGCAUAAUCAUUGUUUAAGCCCAGAAAAAACAAGGUUUUUUAGAUGUUAUAAGAAUAUAGAUGCUGCGGUGAAAAGAAGGCUUGAGUUAAAUGAUAGAGCCGGAAUACGUACGAAUAAGAAUUUUAAUUCUUUAGUAGUUGAAAAAGGGGGGUAUGAGCAGCUUACUUUUGGAGAAAAAGAUUGUAGGAAUUAUAUUGAAAAGGCAAGAGAGCUUCGUCUUGGCAAAGGAGGUGCUCAGGCACUUCGUGAUUAUUUCAGUAGAAUGCAAAAGCAGAAUGAUGGGUUCUAUUAUGUGAUGGAUGUCGAUGAUGAUUGUAGGUUGCGUAAUGUGUUUUGGGCUGACGCACGAAGUAGGGCAGCGUAUGAAUUCUUUGGGGAUGUCAUUACGUUUGAUACGACAUACUUGACCAAUAGAUAUGACAUGCCAUUUGCUCCGUUUGUAGGUGUGAAUCAUCAUGGUCAGUCAAUACUAUUGGGGGCAGGACUAAUAUCAAAUGAGAAUACUGAAACAUUUGUUUGGUUGUUUAGCACUUGGUUAGAGUGCAUGAAUGGCAAAGCUCCAAGUGCAAUUAUAACAGAUCAAGAUAGGGCAAUGAAAAAUGCAAUUGCUAUAGUUUUCGCAGAGAAAACUCGACAUAGAUAUUGUUUGUGGCACAUUAUGAGAAAACUGCCAGAAAAGUUUGCAGCACAUGCUCAAUUCAAUGGCAUCAAGAGUGCCCUUAAUGUUUGUUUGUAUGAUUCUCAAAGUUGUGAUGAAUUCGAAGAAAAUUGGAAAAAUCUACUUGAGACUUAUGAACUUCAGGACAAUGCAUGGCUGAAUGGGUUAUAUAAUGAGCGGACUUUUUGGGUGCCCACAUAUAUGAAAGAUACAUUUUGGGCUGGAAUGAAUACUACACAGCGUAGUGAAAGUAUGAAUGCGUUUUUUGAUGGUUAUGUGCACUCACAGACCACACUAAAGGAAUUUGUUGAUCAAUUUGAUAAUGCUUUGAGGAAAAUGGUUGAGAAAGAGAAAAAAGCUGAUUUCGAUUCUUGGAACCGCAUGAUUCCAUGUUUAACCCCCUAUCCUUUAGAGGAGAAAUUUCAAGAUGUAUACACCAAUGCAAAGUUCAAAGAAGUUCAGGGAUGA